AUGGCUCAUCAUCUGAAACGGUUACGGCAUGAUAAUCGAAAUUCUGAUCCACAUGAUUUCUCUCAUAAUCACGAUAGUCGUUCACGUUUACCAAAUGAUGAACAAAUUCGUGAAUCAAUGCAAAAUUUCACUGUUACAGCUAGUAGUAAUACCAAACAAUCACGACCAUUCAAGCCAGGACCACAACGAGCACGACGUGGCGGUGCACGCGCACACGAUCGUCGUUGGCACUCCUCAUUAUCAUUACCAAAACGAGCAAUCAAUUAUGAUUUAGCCGAAAGCUUUCUUGAUCAUUCCACCAAUCCAUUAUCGUCAAAUUUAUAUAAAGUCAAAUUCAAACAUUCGACUAAACAAUGGCCAAAUGGCCGUUUUAUCAACUAUAAAGAAAAACUUGAUAAAUUGGAUGGAAAUCCAAGUGACGUAGUAUGUACACGAACGUUUUCAGUCGUUGCGAAAAGAAAAAAACUUGCCGAAACCAACCAAAUCGCCCCGACGACAUCGCUAUUAUCUCUGAUUGAUCCCGUUACACAAGAAGAAAAGAAGAAACAGGUUACUAAACAAUCAACUGUCUACGCCAACCUAUUUGGUGGCGGACGAAUCCCUAAAUUAUCGACUACCAAUCAAGUAAAAAAGGCUACAUCCAUGAUUAAUCCAACUCCAUCAUCGAUCGCAAUCUCAUUACUUGACGAAAACUUCAAAGGUCAGCAAUCGUAA